CACCGUUCUCCGUAAUAUUAAACCCGCGUAGAUGUUAUGUUGUGCACAGUCGUUUCCGACAGAACGAUUGAGCUCUGCAAACCCUAAACUUCCCUUCUCUAUCUUUCUCUCUGAGUAUCCGAAUUCAACCUUGAACUCCAACUGUAGAAUUGGUCAGGAUAAUCGAAGAGACUAGGGUUGUGAGAUGGUCGGCGGAGGAAGCAGGAGGGAGGAUGCGGCAGCGCCGCCGGUGAGCAGCACCAACAUUUUCGCGGCGCUCGGGAGCUUGAAGAAGAAGAAGAAGAGCACCAAGACCAAGGACGAGGAGGGAGGUUCGGAGAAGAAGGACGUUUUCUGGGCUCCGACGCCGCUCGCGGCCAAGUCGUGGGCUGAUGUUGACGAUGAAGACGAUGAUGAUUAUUACGCUACCACCGCUCCUCCUGAUUCCGUUUGGGUCGAUCCUGAGAAAUCCAAUGAGAGUGAUGCUGCAAUUGAGGAAAGUGAAAGUGAGGAAGAUGGUCUUGAUGAUGUGGAAGAUGAUGCUGAGGACGAACAUGAAAAUGACAUAGAGGUUCCAGUAGAUACUGAACCUGUUCUUGAGAAUCCUCCUCAACCCUCAUUGGCUACCAAAGAAACCGAAAGACAGCUUUCCAAGAAGGAACUGAAGAAAAAAGGGCUUGAAGAGCUUGAAGCCGUGUUGGCUGAGCUAGGAUUUUCUCAAACAGAACCUAGUGGUGACAAAGAUUCCAAUGAUCUGGAGAAGAAAGAAGAGGAUCACAAUAGUGUGGUGGUAAAGAAGGAGAUUGCUUCUGGGGAAAGCAAAAGUGCAAGAAAGAAGAAGAAGAAGGAUAAAUCUUCAAAGGAGCAGAAAGAAUCUCAAGAACAGUCUGAUGGCGUGGAUGUUGGAAGUACAACUUCUCUCACUGCUGGCACAGAGAAGGCAGAGGAUGCUUCUGCUACUGAUGUUAGAGAACUGCUUAAGAAAGCUGCUUCUUUGAAGAAGAAAAAGUCAAGCAAGGAACUGGAUGCUGCUGCACGUGCUGCUGCUAGUGAGGCUGCUGCGAGGAGUGCAAAGCUUGCUGCAUCCAAGAAAAAAGAGAAGGGGCACUAUAAUCAGCAACCAGUUCGGUAAACAGGCUUGACAUAUUUGUUGGAUGUUCUGUUUGUUGUAAACUUUAUCUUGACUUUUUUAAACUUAUUGUCUUUUCAUUAUCAUAGAGUUUACGCUCUAUUGUUCAUUUGCAAAUUGAAAAUGAGCAAUGGUAGCGGGUUUAGAUGAGUUGACUUUGAGCAAGAAAUUUUUAAAGAUUACCCGAGGCUAUAGGAUUAUAUGUUGUGCAUUAUUCUUCCGUUCUGGUGCCAAAAUCAGGCUCUUGUUUGGAAGUAAUGGAAACUUCCAGUAUAUUCCUUUUCUAACA